ACUCCGUACUCGAUACGUGUCGACGUCAACGCCGGAUUGUUGCGGGUAGAGGCACACCAGAGCGGUUAUAGACCACCCCAGAAAUCAUGCCAGAGUCUAUCAAGAACUCGCAACGACCCACACAACAGCUGGGCACGUCGCCCGGCUCCUUUCGCGGUCGGUCCUACGAUCGCGCCGAGUCCAUCGCUCGCCUCGCUUCCCCGGUCGCCCUUGGGUCAUCCCCCGGCUCGCGCCCACAAUGCCCAGCCAGCGACGAGACCAGCUCCGGCGACUUGACCCCUCUUCCCGGUCCCGGCUCCCACGUCGCUGGCCCCGGGGUGUCAGCCCUCGCCGCUGCCUUGUCAAACUCCAUUGGCACAUCACCACCGCGGUUUGGCACGCCGCCCAUCCGGUCAGCUUCCCCCGCUCUGGCAGCCGUCAAUGCUCCAGCCUCGAGGACCCCGACAAAUUACGGUUCGUUUGAUGGGAGGAGACAAUGGAAUGGCCCGUACGAGGACCCGGAGAUAAUCAAGAGGCACCUGGUCCAGCCAGGCGACGGGGCAUCGGAAGGAGGGUCGAAGAGGACCAGCGAUGGGUCCAAGGGAAAGAAUUUUGCCGGUGUCUCGCAUUCCGGCCUCGAUGACGACGAGUUCUCAAGUCUGAAACUGCAAGGCGGCGACAUCACGAGACCGAUCUACAAGUGGACAGAAGACUUGGUCCAGCGGAACAGGUUGCAACGCAGCAAGAGCUUUAGCCAUACCAGGCCGGAACCGGAAAGCGAGGAGCUGGAUAUCAACAACAUCAAGGUUCCAGGAGGCUUCCGCCGCAAUUUCAUCCGCAGGGCCGCCAGGGAUCCGGACGAGGCUGAGCAUGGUUCGGGAAGUAGCCGCCCCCAGAAGCCUCCACAGCUAUUCACGAACAGCUUCCUCGAGUUCUUGAGCCUGUACGGCCAUUUUGCCGGCGAAGAGCUUGAGGAAGACGACGAGGUCCUGAACCCCGGCGAGUAUUUCACGUCUGGAAGCGAGAGUGAUAGCUUCGACGAAGGGUCGGAUGAGGAGCCCAUGGAAGAAAGCGCGCUGCUGACGCCGUCGCGGCGCAAGAGGAGGAGGAAACACCGUGGGGGCAGUGGCCAGAACAGCCCGAUGAACGCGGCCUUGCUCUUGCUCAAGUCCUUUGUCGGAACCGGCGUCUUGUUCCUGCCCCGCGCAUACCUCAACGGCGGCAUGCUGUUUAGCAACCUGGUGCUGCUCUUCGUGGCGGCGCUGAGUUACUACUGCUUCGUCCUGCUCGUCACGACGAGACUAAAGAUCGAGGGCUCGUUCGGCGACAUCGGCGGCAUCCUGUACGGCAAGUGGAUGAGGAACCUGAUUCUGGGGUCCAUCGUCAUCAGCCAGCUCGGCUUCGUGGCCGCCUACAUCGUCUUCACCUCGGAGAACCUGCGGGCCUUUAUCCUCGCAGUGACCGAUUGCAAGACGCUGAUUCCCAUCAGCUGGCUCAUCAUCAUGCAGAUGGUGGUGUUCUUGCCCUUCUCGCUCCUCCGCGAUAUCGGAAAGCUGGGCUUCACCGCCCUGGUCGCCGACGCCUUCAUCGUCAUCGGCCUCGCCUAUCUGUUUUACUACGACGUCCUCACGCUCAACACGCAGGGGCUCGCGGACAUCAUCCUGUUCAACCAGAAGGAUUGGACCCUCUUCAUCGGCACGGCCAUCUUCACCUUUGAGGGCAUCGGCCUGAUCAUUCCGAUCCAAGAGUCGAUGCGGCAGCCGCAAAAGUUCCCCAAGGUCAUGUUCGCCGUCAUGGUCAUCAUCACGACGCUCUUCACCGUCAUGGGGGCUGUCUCGUACGCGGCUUACGGCUCCAAGACUGAGACGGUCGUGCUGCUCAACCUGCCCCAGGACGACAAGCUCGUCAACGGCGUCCAGUUCCUCUACUCGCUCGCCAUCCUGCUGUCGACCCCGCUGCAGAUCUUCCCGGCCAUCCGCAUCACGGAGAACGCGCUCUUCACCAAGAGCGGCAAGUACAACCCCUACAUCAAGUGGCAGAAGAACGUCUUCCGCUUCUUUGUGGUGGCGCUGUGUGCGCUGAUCGCAUGGGGCGGCGCGGAUAACCUGGACAAGUUUGUGGCGCUCGUCGGCAACUUUGCCUGCAUCCCGCUUGUGUACAUCUAUCCGCCCAUGCUGCACUACAAGGCGGUGGCCAAGACGGCUCUCCGGCGGUGGUCCGACAUCCUCCUGUGCAUCUUUGGCUUCGUCGCCAUGGCCUACACCACCAGCUUGACGGUAAUGAGCUGGGCAAGCGACUCUGGCGGCGGUGGGCUGCCCAGCCACUGUGACACCAGGGGAUUGUGAAGGGGAUGAUGCGCGGUGGUGGUAGGACACUGCGCACACACCCACAUGGUUGGGUUCCCUACUUUCCCUUUUUUUUUUUCUUCUUUCUCUUUCCCCCCUUCUCUUUCUCCUUGUGUGUUAUUGCGACUGUGAGAGAGGGA